UCAUUGACUGCCCUAAAUCAGGAAAUGCUUUUUAAGACAACAAGUACAGAUUCCCUGCGAUGCGCUCGUGUGAUUUCAGCCGCUCUGCUAUGGACGCUUGCGCGGUAUGUUGUGUUGAGAAAUAUCGAGAAAGUUGAGUCGUUUCAGAAAGAGCUGAACGAAUGAUUCUUUUCAGCAUGAUGAAAAUCUAGUUGUUUCAACAGUGACUUGAACGUUAAAAGGGUUAAAAGGCAAUCAUACACCUUUAAUCAUGUCAAGAACGAAACAAACACCGAAAACUGACGAGGAGUUCUCCUUCGUGAGUUCGGUGGUGAAAUAUUUACUUUUCUUCUUCAACAUGAUAUUCUGGAUAAUUGCUCUGUUCCUGAUAUCUAUUGGCAUUUAUUCCAGGAUAGUAAAACAUGAGACAGCCCUGGCCUGUUUGACUGUGGAUCCUGCUCUGUUACUGAUGAUAGUGGGGAUUCUGAUGUUCCUCAUAACGUUCUGUGGCUGUGUGGGUUCUCUCAGGGAAAACAUCUGUUUACUGCAGACGUUCUGCAUCUGCUUGACUGUACUCUUUCUGCUGCAGCUAGCGGCUGGUGUUCUGGGUUUUGUCUUCUCAGACAAGGCACGUGGCAAGGUAACAGAAAUGUUUAACAGCGCAAUCAAACAUUACAGAGAUGACCAAGACCUGCAGAACCUAAUUGACUUUGGACAAACACAGUUCAACUGUUGUGGGGGGAUCUCUUACAUGGACUGGUCUCAGAACAUGUACUUCAAUUGUUCUAAAGAGAACCCCAGUAGGGAGAGUUGCUCUGUUCCCUUCUCCUGCUGUCUGCUCUCCAAAGAGGCUAUUAUAAAUACCAUGUGUGGUCAAGGGAUGCAGGAGAUGGAAUACCUUGCAGCCAGUGGUUUCAUCCAUACCAAUGGGUGCAUUGAUAAAGUGGUCAACUGGAUUCACAGUAACCUGUUUCUGUUGGGAGGCAUUGCACUGGGCCUGGCCAUCCCACAGCUGGUUGGAAUCCUGCUCUCUCAAAUUCUGAUUAAUCAAAUCCAGGAUCAGAUUAAAUUACAAAAUUACAACCUACAGCAUCGUUCAGACCCCUGGAACUGAAUACACUGUAUUGUAGUUUCUGUCUCUGAAACGCAUUUUUGUAGACAACUCAGCUUGAGUUUGAUUGUCAAACUGAUCUCAUGAUAAUGUGUACAUAUUUUAUUGUAUGAUUUCGUACAAUUUCGUUCCUAUAAAUUUGUACGAUUUCAUAACGUGCAAAUGCUUGGAUGUCCAGCCGCGGCCCGUGCAUUUUAAGUCUAGGCCUUCAGUGUGAUUCAUGUCAUUAAGAACACACAGUUUCACAAUGAAUAAGACAUACAUUUACAUUACGUGGCAGUCAACUAAUAAUACCAAUUGACAUUUUAAAAACACAUCCACGCAUGGAAGCCAGAACCAAGGUCAAUACCAAGAAAAAGCUCUCUAAUAAUAUUUUCGAUUAAAAAGUUUCUUGCAAUACAUUUAUUUCGUUAGCAUACACAGUUACUUUUCAAAACUUGAUCCGACACUGAAUGCUCAAGCAGCAUAAUUUACACUUAGAAAACUCCUGAUGUUGCUAUAACAAUGCAAAAAUCACUUACCAAUUUACUUGAAGUGAAAAUCAGUCCUCCUUUCCUGUUUAAUUAAUCAAUCGCUCGCUCAUGCAGAACAUCUCAGAUUUUUAAAUCCAUAAGAAUCUCUUUCUCAAUGAUGAUGUGGCAGUGACAGCCAACUCGUCAGCAAAAUCUCACACUCUUCGUUUUCAAAUUACGCACAUCACUUUAAGUGUGAUUGCGUCACUCAAGGCCAGCUAGAAGGCCUGGACUGGGACAUAUCCUAAAGACCACACCCACAAGAACAAAUAAAUCUGAUUGGCUGAUAAAUCUGACAAUCUGAAUUUAGACGCCUAUUCACUAUACACUGUUGAGGAAUUCUGCAGAAAUUCUGAAGGCCUGACGGGGUGGAGCUCAGACUCACGUACUGCUUUGGCUUAGGAGCGUGGCUUCGGGCAUGCAAUUUGUAAAACGCAACUGUCUAAGACAACUGUCUUGUCACGCUUUGCUUGAAAGCAUCAAGGAAUAAAUUCUGACUGGAUAAUUUUUUUUGUUUUUUGCUAUUCAUUUGUAGAUUAAUUAGGAGUGGAAACUGAUUGAAAGUACAUAUGCAAAAAGGUCAAUGAGAAUAUGAAUAUAUAAAAAUGUUUAUUAAUUAGGCAUGUUAUGCCAGCAGAGAAGGCUUUGACUUUGACGAUUUCCACGCACGAGGCAUUAAGGACAUGCUUAUUAAUAUUAUGCCCAUACCCAAACCCCUUAUCUAAACCUAACCGAUCAGUAGAGAGUGAAACAUGAUAGGAAGCUGUUGUUUGUGACAGAAGCAAUUAACUGUUGCGUAUUAGAUGUAAACGAUGUCCAGCGAUGUCAUUGGCUGUAGUGAUAGUCAUACGAAUUUAUAUGAGUGCAGUCAUAAGAUAUCAUACAAAUUAGCCAAAUUUAGAAAAGUCAUACACAUCCUGACCAUUUCAACGUGAGAGUGUGUUGUUGUCAUCAGCUUGGGAACGUCUUGCUGACUGAAGUGACUGACACGGAUCAGAUUUUUGAAUGAGGAGAACAAGGCUUAAGAACAGGCAAUCAAGUCAGGUUUUGAGAUGUGGAAUAAGGCCAUCUGAACAAGAGAUGUACUAUUUUUAUGAACCAGACUAUUUGUAUGAAAUGUGUGAGAUUCUCUAAAGAUCUAUAGGUCAAUAAAACUAUUUGUCAUGGUUCCAGUGAGUUUGUCGGUUUGUUCUGUC